AUGCCUGUAAGCUUCAGUAUUAAAGAACUGCUAAAAUUCACCGCCAGCUCUUACAAAUUUAAAUACAAGCAUCACAUACAGCAGCGCCAGCCCCACAUUCGCCAAUGUCAUGGCCUCUCUCUUGGAGCUCACCGGCACUGCAUCUACUUGGCCCUCAUUCUGUACCAUGAUAAGGAGGACAAGAUCAAUGCCCUCAUUAAAGCAGCUGGUGUCAAUUUUGAAUCUUUUUGGCCUGGCUUGUGUGCAAAGGCCCUGGCCAACAUCAACACUGGGAGCCUCAUCUGCACUGUAGGGGCUGGUGGUGCUGCUCCAGCAGGAGGUCCUGCCCCCUCCACUGCUGCUGCUCCAACUGAGGAGAACAAAGUGGAAGCAAAGAAAGAAGAAUCCAAGGAGUAUGAUAACAUGGGCUUUGGUGUUUUUGAUUAAACCUCUUUUAUAAUGCAUUCAAUAAAAAGCUGAACUUAAAAUUUUUUAAAUAAAAAUAAAAACAGAAUGCUUA